CUUUGCUGCCCAUGUCCGUACUCCCCCCACUCGAAUCGGUACGAGCUGCGCUCGAAUCGACAACACUCAUAAAAUAGAGGUUGGACAAGACAUGCGCCCAAGCAAUGCUCACGAUUGGCGCACCUCUCCGCAAAUGGACAGCGUUUCUGCUGCUAUGCAGCAUACCCACGUCUGCACCUGUUCACACAACGAAUGAGACGACGCAGCCCGAAUCUGGCGCUACUGCAUUUUCAGAUACCACGACACGACAUGCUUCCACCGCCGCGCCACAGUCACUACCGUUCACCCACUCGUUCCCCCACUCGUUCACCGACCAAGACACCUUAUGUCCAUUUCGUACAAUCAACUACAUCACACAUACGCUACCUCAGCAAUGCUUAAGAACGAGCUGGUCAACGCCAGGCAGAGCCGACGCGAAUGGCACGAUAGCUAAUUCAACAACAACGCCUAAUCUCGAUUCACCAAUAGCCGGAGUGGUAGAAGAAGUGAAGAGCAGCAUAUCGGAAGAAAAAAGCAGGACAACUGCAACAGCAGCUUCACAAGCAGAAGAAACAGGAUCAACUGGGAGCACCCCAAGUAGCAGCGCAGAGCUGGAGGUCGAGUUGGAGACGGACUCGCCUUUCGACAAUGCCAACUUUCUCUCAUUCGAUGAAUGGAAGAAGAGGAACCUAGCUCGUGCUGGCCAGUCACCUGAGAAUGUCGGGCAGGGACGGGCAGCUCCGUCUGACGAAGGACUACGGCGACGACCUGUCAAUGUCAAUGCGCUCGACUCUCUUGGCGACGACGCAGAAAUAGAGAUUGAUUUCAGCGGCUUCGGGGCCACGGCAGAAGGUGGAGAUGUUCAAAGCAACGUCCGUUCGGAUACACAAGGCGCAGGAGCUACAAAGGUCACGGAAGAGCAAAGCAAAGUUGUGCCCAGCGCAUGGGCUCUUAGCAAAGACGCUGGGAAGACAUGCAAGGAGCGCUUCAACUAUGCCUCCUUUGACUGCGCAGCUACCGUGCUGAAGACGAACAAAAAAGCUAAAAGCGCCACUUCCGUACUGGUCGAGAGCAAAGACAGGUACAUGCUUAACGAAUGCUCUGCCAAGAACAAAUUUAUCAUCGUCGAGCUCUGUGACGACAUUCUCGUCGAUACGGUUGUUCUGGCGAAUUAUGAAUUCUUCUCUUCCAUGUUCCGCCACUUCCGUGUCAGCGUCUCAGAUCGCUAUCCUGUAAAGAUGGACAGGUGGCGUACGCUGGCCACCUUCGAAGCGCGAAACUCACGCGAUAUCCAGCCCUUCCUUGUUACAGAAUCCCAAAUCUGGGCGCGGUAUCUGCGCAUUGAAUUCCUCACGCAAUUUGGUAACGAGUUCUACUGCCCCCUCAGCCUUCUGCGUGUCCAUGGUACGACUAUGAUGGACCAGUUCAGGCGAGAGGAAGAGGAGGCUCGAGGCUUGGACGAUGAGGUUGAGCUAAGUGAGAUAGCCGAAGAGGAUUAUGUAAAGCCAGCUGAAAAUAGUGGGCCACUGCCUGCUGACCAAGUAUCCAUGGUUCUGGAGAAAGAGGCCAGCCCUGUCCCCGAGAUAAUCGUUUCAGCGGUUGCAUCGGAAGCAGUAGCAUCUGGGAAUAUUCCCCAUGGAUCACCCCAAACCAAGUCACAGCCAAGAACCUCUGAAGCCGUAUCUGUUCAUACCACAGCAGCUACUCCCCCUAGCCAAUCUACAGGUGCUCAUCGGAGUGAGAGUUCCCCAGACGCUUCGCCUAAUCUGUCACCACCAUCAACUACUCCAAGCUCCAACAACUGGGAAGCGACAAAGUCUGUUCAGAAUAGCAAACAAACUGCAGCGGCACCAUCCAAAGAGGAGGCAAACGCAUCGUUGUCACAAACACACGAUACGAUAUCAGAUGCUUCAAAGAUCACGCCAGUUUCAAUCGCGUCUCAGAAUCACAACGCCGCUUCUCCAAUCAUCAACGGUACUCUGGCUGCAUCCAUGAGCAGCGCAUCCGUCAAAGCGUCGAGUAAUGGUACAGUCGCCAGCCCUCAAGCUCAAUCUCAGCCACGCGCUUCAUCCACGCAGCCAAGUCCGGCCGCCCCGACAACGCAAGAAUCGUUCUUCAAGUCCAUCCACAAGCGUCUGCUAUAUUUGGAAGCUAACAGCACACUUUCGUUGCAGUACAUCGAAGAGCAGUCUCGGAUCUUACGUGAUGCCUUUAUCAAAGUAGAAAAGAGGCAGAUGGCCAAGACGGAGAAAUUUCUCGAACACCUGAACAGCACCGUGUCAUACGAGCUCAAGAGUUAUCGCGCCUUGUACGAACAGUUGUGGCAGAGCACAAUCAUCGAACUUGAAAGCAUGAAGGAGCGCCAGAAAACCGAAGUUGGCGAAAUCGGCACACGACUCAGUCUGAUGGCCGACGAACUCGUCUGGCAGAAAAGAAUGGCUGUUGUACAAUCUACCUUGUUGCUCUUGUGCUUGGGGCUGGUUCUCUUUGCGCGAUCUGGAACAUCUGGCUCUACAGCAGGAAUGCCGAUUGCACAGCAGUUGGGUAACAAAUACACGACGUUUUUCGAGUCACCGCCACCACGAAGUCCUCCGGAGUCCGGCACAGGCAGGCGUAGACGAACUUUCCGAAGCAUGUGGCGCAGCGACAGUACUGCUGGAUUGAGCGAACGGAGUGAUGGGGCCAACGUAUCGGAUGCGGAAACAGAAGGUGCGAGAAGUCCUGUUCAGAUCAGGUUCAGCCCACCCACCCCGAGUACGCCAGGAUCCCAUAAAGGAGCUCCUCGAGCGCAGGUCAACAGCAUUGUCGAUAGCACGCCGGGUGUGGACCGAGGUCUGGAACCUCAAACACCCGAGGCCAGUCUUAACGAUCAGGCGAAGAGAGUGCUGGUCUUGGAGACGCAGUCUGGCCCUGCUACUCCAAAUGGCACACGCGACAGCAGGCCGUCGUGGGAAGAAGUGGAUCGCGCUAUCGAUCAGUUGAAGGCGAAAGAAAAAGGGCAGAAGUCGCCUAAGGAGGCGUCGAAGAACCGCGAGAGGAAAAACAAGAAGUCUCCUUUGAGGAGAUCUCAGAGUAGCUAUGUUGGUUCGGUGGACGGUUCCCCGGCUGACAACGCUGAGCUUUCAUAAGCAUACUUGUGAUUUGCGUAUUCAUACGCGGUGUUGUUGGAGUAUCAACCAGCGAAGCAGAAACAGAGCAGAGCGUUUUUCAUACGAUUCAUAAAGCAUAGCCAGGAUGAGAUGGCGAGUAUGGGAUCUCCAUCCCUAUUUCUAUUUUGUCAGUCAACGAUGCAUUGCACGACACCGGCGUUACGAACUGUUUUCCUUGGGUCGAAAAGUAACUGAAUGUAUAUAACGAACAUGUCUAACGAAACAAACCAAAAACAACCGCCUCGGUAUAACGUGUUUUAUCAGCCCGUGCACGCCAUCGGCUCGUGCACGCGGAACACC